GACGGUCCGGCUACCCCGUCGCGGGUCCUGGCCCCGCCCCUCCCCCCGGCCGCCGCGGCGGUGUUGUUGUGGUGGCGGCGGCGGCCGGCUGCAGCGGAGCUCGCCGAGUCUUACGAGGCUGGCCCUGCGCGUCGCUGCGGUGGGCUAGACUGGCCGGCGUGCCACAGGAUUUAUUUAUAUUUGGAAAUCAAGUGCAAUAUUAAAAGAAAAGCAAACCACACUACAUUAUUGGAAGCCAUUUCUGCUAAUUUUCUUAGAUUUUAAAAUUUAUGAUUUGAUUUGAAUACUAUCAUGGGAGGAGCUGUGAGUGCUGGGGAAGAUAAUGAUGACUUAAUUGAUAACUUAAAAGAAGCUCAGUAUAUUCGCACUGAAAGAGUGGAGCAAGCCUUCAGAGCAAUUGAUCGUGGAGAUUACUAUCUGGAAGGCUACAGAGACAAUGCUUAUAAAGACUUAGCCUGGAAACAUGGAAACAUACACUUGUCAGCACCUUGCAUUUAUUCUGAAGUUAUGGAGGCAUUGAAACUUCAACCAGGAUUGUCUUUUCUUAACCUGGGAAGUGGAACCGGAUAUUUAAGUACAAUGGUGGGCUUAAUUUUAGGUCCUUUUGGAAUAAAUCAUGGGAUUGAGCUUCAUUCAGAUGUGGUGGAAUAUGCCAAGGAAAAACUGGAGAGCUUCAUCAAAAAUAGUGAUAGCUUUGAUAAAUUUGAGUUCUGUGAACCUGCAUUUGUGGUUGGUAAUUGCCUCCAGAUAGCAUCUGACAGUCAUCAGUAUGAUCGAAUUUAUUGUGGUGCUGGAGUACAGAAAGACCAUGAAAACUACAUGAAAAUUUUACUGAAAGUGGGAGGCAUACUCGUCAUGCCUAUAGAAGAUCAGUUAACACAGAUUAUGCGAACUGGACAAAACACUUGGGAAAGUAAAAAUAUCCUUGCUGUUUCAUUUGCUCCACUUGUGCAGCCAAGUAAGAAUGAUAAUGGCAAGCCUGAUUCUGUGGGACUCCCCCCCUGUGCUGUCAGGAACCUGCAGGACUUGGCACGCAUUUAUAUUCGCCGCACACUUAGAAAUUUCAUCAAUGAUGAGAUGCAGGCCAAGGGAAUUCCCCAAAGGGCUCCACCCAAAAGGAAAAGAAAGAGAGUGAAACAGAGAAUUAACACGUAUGUCUUUGUGGGUAAUCAGCUUAUUCCUCAGCCUCUAGACAGUGAGGAGGAUGAGAAAAUGGAAGAAGAUCACAAGGAAGAGGAGGAGCGAGAGCACAGUGAAGCCAUGAAGCCAGAAGAACCUCCUCAGAAUUUACUGAGAGAGAAAAUCAUGAAGCUGCCCCUCCCUGAGUCUUUAAAAGCUUACUUGACGUAUUUUAGAGACAAAUAACUUAGAUUGAGAAGAAUGCCUACUGAUAAUUCCUUUAGUCUUGAACAUGUAGCAUUUGUUAGGAGUUAAAAGAAUUAUUUCUUUCAUCAGAGUGAAUUAUAGUGGGGGACAAAAGUAUAACUUGUUUCUGUCAGUAACAAAAAUGAUGUAUUCAGUCUUUAAAAAGAAUCCCUUUUAUAAAAUCUAUUUUUCUUUAAAUCUUGGGAAAAUGCUGUUUUAUCUCAGAGUGAUUUGAAAGUGGGGUGCAACUAUAGUCAAGACCUUGUGUCCUAUAAAUCCUUUUCUGACUCCUUACAGAUUUAUAGUGGUAAAGGUUAGAUGUAAUUUUAUAUAAGGUUUAAAUCAUUGUUAAGCAUAUAAAUCUGAUUUGAAUUCCAGUUAUUUGCAUUUCCUCUAUGAAAACUUUCUUAUAAGGAAAUCAGAUGCUUUGUAGACCUAUUUACCUUACUUUUGUUGCAAUCACUAUUUCUGAGUUGCUGUAGAUGUAUUCCGGGCAAUAUAUGAGUGCAAUAAUAAUGCAACAUAUCGAGUAAUUUAGCUUUAAAACACACACACACACACACACACACACACGUUUCAUGAAAUUUUACAGCCCUGCAAUUUUUGCUUUUGAAUCUGUUGCCAAAAGACCUGGGCGGGGGUGGGUGGGGAUAUCUGCUUCUCUCAUAGAGAUUUUUAAGAGCACAGCAAGUGAAUAUUAGAAAGUAUACACUUAAUACAACUCUUAGUUUGUAUGGACCCUUUAUAUUUUCAGUAUUUAAAGUUAAUGAGGUCAUCUUGACUCUUUCAAGAUUUUCAAGGUUUAUUAAGGAUCUUUUUUUUCUAUAGUUCACUAUAGAAAGUAUUUGGUUUAAGAGCUCCAGUGUUGUGUGUGACUCUUAGCAUAGACAGCGAGUGAGUGAGUGAAAUGAGCACGUGUGACUGCCACUUUGCUGGACAGCUCCGAGUUGCAGAGCUAGGGCAGGCGUGGACAGCAGAUGCACUUUAGUAAAUGGGACUUCAGUUUAUCUGAAUAUUUAUCUUUGACAAGGGAGGGCUGAGCUUACUGUAUUUGCUUUGGGUCUUUCUAGUAUAAGACAUAUUCACAGAAAUUGUUUGUAGACACCUUCUGUUUUGAAAAGCCGGUUCAGAACUACAGAGUAAACUUUGGGACCUACACCAUGCUCAUCUAACAACUCCUCAUACUUUUUAAUGUUUCUUUUGGCAAAAUUACAAUGGUUUUCAUUUUUUGCUUAAUAUCACAUACUUAAUGUACCCAUAUGUGAAUUUUGUUACAGCUUGUCAGUGAUAAAGUUGGCAGGAAGUGCCAUUAUGACUCUUUCUAGUAAAGCUUAUAAACAGUCAUGCCUUGCUAGGAAAGUAUACACUGUAACCUGCCACUUUAUGUUACACGGAUUACAUAUUUUUAAAGGGAAAAAUUUGAGGGUAUCACUUACUACCACCAGCAUCAUUAUUACAAUAAUUACUCAGAUUUACUUAAGGAAACCCAAUCAUUGUAUAGUAAAUGGAUUUUUAUUUCUCUACCAAGUUCAAAUACUGCUUCAAAAAUCUCAGCUCCAGUAAUUGUACACAUCUGAAAACAGGUGUUUGAAAUAAAUAAUGUAAGUAUGACAUCACUGCAGAUAAUUGAGGCUGUUUUAGUGAUGUGAAGGACAGUUUCAGGGAAAGUACUGCUUCCAGUGGCUGGGGAGUGGGUGGGGGCCUUUACAUUUUACGUAGAUGAUUAUCAAGCUGAUACUAAGAAAUGCCUCAUCAAGUUUCUGUCUAGGAAACAGUUUCAUAUCUGUUGGAAAUGGUCAUUUUAUUUUGAAUCAAGUGCUUGUUUGAGAAGUGUAGUUGUGAAUUUCUCCUGCCCACAUGUUUGUAUCUUGAAAUCCUGGGGAGACUUAGCCAUCUUUUCUCAUCCUUCUCCCCCCGAUUUUAUUGGAGCUGGUGUCCAGAUAUGUAAAAAUACAUGUUCUUAAAUAAUGGCUUCACUGUUUAGGAGAGAGUUUUUAUUAGGCAUAUAUUUGAAGAUUGACGUUUUCAUAAUGUCUUUCAUUCUCUCGACCUUGUUAAAGUGUACAGUAGAUUUUUCAUGAUCAUUGAAUACUUUUUGUCAUUGAAAUGUAUCUUUUGUGUUUUUAAAUGCAUUCAUUUUACCAUUGCGAUGUUAUCAUUGACUUUAAAAUAAAGAGGUAGAAAUCAAAAAGGAAAAUUCCUGUGAAAGCUUUCUUAUAUAUUAGAAUAUUUUGGGUUGAUGUUUAUUUUUAAUGAAUUCAUGUUUACUUGAGUAUGGAAAGUUUUUGUAAGUGGAGAAGAGCAAGUAAAGAUGAAGUAAAAAUGAAAAUGGUAAUAUAGUCUAGGAAUUCUACAGCCAGAUGAGACAAUAGAUAAUGUCUAAUUGAGGACUUUAUUUUGCAAAUGAAGAAGUGGGCCUCUGGAGAGGUGGCAUGUUUUGCCUUAGUCACACAGCUAGUUAGAGAUAGGGCCUGAUAUGAAUGCCAAGAAUUUGUCAGUGACACCGUAGCUGCCAAGAAGACUUUAAAUCUAUACAGCUUGUCGAUCAAACUAUUUGGUUCUAGUAUCAAUAAAGAAAAAUAUUAAAAUAGCAUACGUACAUAGUGGUUAAAAUAAAAUACAAAAAAAUGUGUUGAUUUCUAGCUGUGUGAGAUGGUGAAAGUGAAACAAAGCAUGUUAAAUCGUUGGAAGACUUGGAAAAAUAUUUUAAAUAAACAAUUGCAUAUAACUAAG